AUGGAGAACCAGGCGCACAAUGAGACGCUGAACCCGAGCGAAUUGGGCACGAAGGACUAUUGGGAUAAUUUAUACGACCGUGAAUUGGAGAACCAUCAGCAGGACAAGGACGACGAAGGUACGGUCUGGUUCAGCGAAAGCAAUGCUGAAGAAACCGUCCUCAAGCAACUCGAUAGGCUGGCCGACGAAGGCUUGCUACGACGAACGGCCGAAGGCGACUCGAGAGCAUCUCGCUUCCUCGAUCUGGGUACCGGCAACGGGCAUAUGCUCUUCUGCUUGCGUGAUACAGAGGACGAUGAACCAUGGUGUGGCGACAUGGUCGGUGUCGACUACAGUACGGCGAGUGUACAGCUUGCACGUAGGAUAGCCGCACAGAAGCAGUCUGAUGAUGCUGAUGAACCUCUGGGACCCCUCCGACUGGAAUGCUGGGACCUGCUCUCAAGUCCGCCUGGCGAUUGGCUCGAAGAUGGCUUCGAUGUCGUCCUAGACAAGGGCACUUUUGAUGCCAUCUCACUCAUGGACAGCCAAAGCAGUGACCGACACCCUUGUAAGAUCUAUCGGGAGAAGGUUAUGCCUUUAGUUGCGCCAAGAAGCUUUCUCAUCGUAACCUCCUGCAACUGGACCAAAGGAGAGUUGGAGAAAUGGCUUGCACCUGCGGGCUCCGAAUUGACCUUGUACGCCGAAGCAAAGUAUCCAACCUUCACCUUUGGCGGCCAAACAGGACAAAGCAUUGUGACAGUCCUCUUCCGGCGGAGUGCUGGGUGA